AUGGCGCGUCUUGUCAGCUCACCAGAGCCACAAGAUGAAACUAAGACUCUCCCCCAACACAUCGCUCGUUGGCUUCAUGUCUCUGAUGCAUGGUCGCGAAAGUGUGGCCGUUGGCUCCUCAAGAAACUCGGUUACUCGACGAAGGAUGGCAUUAAGAUUAUCAGCGAUUUGCUCCGAGAGCUCAAGGAUUCAACUGAGAGGGAAAUACUCCAGUCCCUUGAUAGAGUUGCCAUCACCAUCCCCGACUUAUCUUCACUCAGACAAAAAACCAUAAACGCCGCGCUCGAGGACUUGGGUUUAAGGACAUGGCUAGGCGACAGUCCCUACUACCCUAAACGUCUAGUCGAGACAGACGCUGUUUACGCUGCAAAUGGCUACGGGCUUUGCAAAAACUAUCGGAAUAUCUUCGAGUGUACAGACGAGUUUGAGGCCUCAUUCGCCUCCCCGGCCGUCUUUCUCGUUUCUUUUUCUCGCCAUCUGCUCUAUACAGCUAUCUCAACCCCUCUUUAUGGCGAGGCUUUGGCUAUAGUAACCACUGAUGAGGCGCAGGUCUUGGAUUUUGAGUUCGGCCUGGAUCGUCUUUUCCAGGACGAUUCCCAGGCACUUUAG